CCUGACCGUUCGGCCCGCCCCUCCUUCCUGGAGCCACCGCUGAAGCUGAGGCGGCGCGGCAGCAAAGAGGGGGGCGGCUAGUGGCCGGAGCGACACGCGCCCGUCGCGACCCUAUGCAGUGACUUGUGCGGCGCAGGCGCCUCCUGCCCCGCCGGCGGGGCCCAGGCUUACCGCGGCGGGAUGUUCUCCCGAAGGAGCCACGGAGAUGUGAAAAAGUCCACGCAGAAGGUGCUGGACCCCAAGAAGGACGUGCUGACCCGCCUGAAGCACCUGCGGGCGCUGCUGGAUAAUGUGGAUGCAAGCGAUCUUAAGCAGUUUUUUGAGACCAACUAUUCUCAGAUAUAUUUCAUCUUCUAUGAAAAUUUUAUAACACUGGAAAAUAGUUUGAAGUUAAAAGGGAAUAAUAAGUCACAAAGGGAGGAGCUGGACUCCAUCCUCUUUCUUUUUGAAAAAAUACUGCAGUUUCUACCUGAACGAAUUUUCUUUCGAUGGCAUUACCAGAGUAUAGGCUCAACUUUAAAGAAGCUUUUACACACUGGAAAUUCUAUUAAGAUAAGGUGUGAAGGAAUCAGACUGUUUCUUUUGUGGCUUCAAGCACUUCAGACAAACUGUGCAGAAGAGCAGGUGCUGAUUUUCGCUUGCCUCGUGCCUGGUUUCCCAGCGGUCUUGUCAUCCAGGGGUCCCUGCACGCUGGAGACACUCAUCAACCCCAGCCCUAGUGUAGUUGAUGCAAAAAUAUACCCAGAGGAAAUCACCCCACUUCUGCCGGCUGUAUCAGGGGAGAAGAUCGCUGAGGACCAAACCUGCUUUUUUCUUCAAAUACUGUUGAAAUACAUGGUUAUUCAGGCUGCAAGCUUGGAGUGGAAGAAUAAGGAGAAUCAAGAUACUGGUUUUAAAUUUCUUUUUACAUUGUUCCGAAAGUAUUAUCUUCCUCAUUUGUUUCCAUCAUUUACUAAGUUAACCAACAUCUACAAACCUGUACUUGAAAUCCCCCAUUUGAGACCAAAGCCACUAUAUGUUACUGUAACUCGAGAUAAUGAAACAAUUUACAGUACAAAAAUUCCAUACAUGGCAGCUCGCGUUGUCUUCAUUAAAUGGAUUGUAACCUUCUUUUUGGAAAAGAAGUAUCUGACCGCAACACAGAACACUAAAAAUGGAGUUGACGUAUUGCCUAAAAUCAUCCAGACUGUCGGUGGUGGUGCAAUACAGGAAAAGGUGCCAGAGCUGGAUGGUGCCGGGGCCGCAGAGCAGGACAAAAGCCAUUCUAACAGUAGCACCUUGUCCGACCGAAGACUCAGCAACUCCAGUCUCUGUAGCAUUGAAGAGGAGCAUCGGACAGUGUAUGAAAUGGUGCAGCGGAUCCUCCUGUCUACACGAGGUUACGUGAAUUUUGUGAAUGAAGUAUUUCGACAGGCAUUUUUGUUGCCUUCCUGUGAGAUAUCUAUAACAAGAAAAGUAGUUCAGGUGUACAGGAAAUGGAUCCUGCAGAACAAGCCUGUGUUCAUGGAAGAACCAGAUAAAAAGGACGUUGCUGAAGAAGAUGCUGACAAAUUAGGACUUACAGAGACUGACUCCAAGGAGGUCUCAUCUGAAAGUUCUGGUCAUAAACGGUCAUCCAGUUGGGGACGCACGUAUUCCUUCACAAGUGCCAUGAGCAGAGGGUGUGUGACAGAGGAGGACAACACAAAUGUGAAAGCUGGGGCCCAAGCUAUGUUGCAGGUUUUUCUUACAAAUGCUGCAAAUGUCUUUUUGCUGGAACCAUGUGUUGAAGUUCCCAUGCUCCUGAGAGAACAAGUAGAUGCCUGUAAAGCUGUCCUGAUUAUUUUUCGGCGAAUGAUAAUGGAGCUCACAAUGAAUCAGAAGACAUGGGAGCAGAUGUUGCAAAUCCUUCUCAGGAUAACAGAAGCCGUCAUGCAGAAGCCAAAGGAUAAGCUUGUACAGGAUUCGUUUGCCCGGAGCUUGGCAGGGCUGCUCUUCAGGACACUUAUCGUGGCUUGGAUCCGAGCAAACCUGUGUGUGUACAUUUCUCGGGAGCUCUGGGAUGACUUUCUCAGGGUGCUGUCAUCCCUUACAGAAUGGGAGGAACUCAUCACUGAGUGGUCUAAUAUCAUGGACUCCUUGACAGCCGUGCUUGCGAGAACUGUGUAUGGAGUUGAAAUGACAAACCUACCUCUGGAUAAGUUAAGUGAACAGAAGGAGAAGAAGCAGCGAGGCAAAGGUUGUGUCCUAGAGCCCCAAAAAGGGGCUGCUGUUGGGAGAUCCUUUUCUCUUAGCUGGCGCAGCCAUCCAGAUGUAACGGAGCCAAUGAGAUUCAGGAGUGCCACCACAUCUGGAGCCCCAGGAGUAGAGAAGGCAAGAAAUACUGUCCGUCAAAAAGCGACUGAAGUGGAGGAGUUCCAACAGGCAGAGAGCACAGCUGCAGCCGACUGUGACUAUCUUGUGGUGGGACAGCAGCCGGUCCCCCGGAGCAGCAGCACCUCUGACAUCACUGAGCGUUUGUACUCAGAUUCUUCUCAAGGUUACAGCCCCAUGCUGCCUCAUCCAGCUUUUUACAUGGCUUCUGGGGAUCUAAACUCAGGUCCUCAUGCCUGCACAGCAGGCCCUUUACCACUGAGCCAUCUCCCCAGCCCAGGUCAAAAGGUAGAAAAUUCACAGAAUUUGAGCUCUUCAGAACCUAAGUCUGUUCAAGAGAGUAAAGGUCACGUGACGCAUGAACAUGAAGGAGUAACAAUCUUGGUUCGAAGGAGCAGCAGCCCUGCUGAGCUGGAUCUGAAGGAGGAGUCACAGCAGACACACGGACGAUGCAGGGAGAGACAGAAGAGUGAAAGUACUGGUAGUGACACGGCUGUGGGCUACAGUAACGAGGCAGAGCUACCUGUGAGCCCUUGGCAGACCUGUGAGGAGGACCCGGAACUGAGCACUCCCACAGAUGCUGUGGCUGACUCUGAUGCCCGCCAUUGGUUACAACUGAGUCCUACUGAUGCUUCAAACUUAACAGACAGCAGGGAAUGCCUGGCAGACGACUGCAGCAUAAUUGCUGGAGGGAACCUCACUGGUUGGCACCCAGACUCUGCUGCUGUGCUGUGGCGAAGAGUCUUGGGAAUCCUUGGAGAUGUGAAUAACAUCCAGUCACCGAAGAUCCAUGCCAAGGUUUUCGGCUAUCUCUAUGAACUGUGGUACAAGCUGGCCAAGAUACGAGAUAAUCUCGCAAUAAGCCUGGAUAACCAGUCGUCUCCAUCUCCCCCACUCUUGGUCCCACCACUCAGAAUGUUUGCAUCAUGGCUAUUUAAGGCUACGACUCUGCCGAAUGAAUAUAAAGAAGGCAAACUGCAAGCCUACAAACUGAUCUGUGCCAUGAUGACCAGACGCCAGGAUGUUCUGCCCAACUCUGAUUUCCUGGUGCAUUUUUACCUUGUGAUGCACCUGGGAUUAACCAGCGAGGACCAGGAUGUCUUAAACACCAUCAUAAAAAACUGCUCGCCCCGCUUUUUCUCCCUGGGUUUGCCUGGCUUCUCAAUGUUGGUGGGGGACUUUAUCACUGCUGCUGCCAGGGUCCUCAGUACAGACAUGUUGGCGGCGCCGCGUUCAGAAGCUCUCACUCUCCUCGGUUCCCUUGUCUGCUUCCCAAAUACCUACCGGGAGAUCCCUCUGCUGCAGUCAGUACCAGAAGUGAGUGAUGUUGUCACGGGAGCCGAAGACGUCAAGCAUUACCUCAUAAAUAUUUUACUGAAGAAUGCUACCGAGGAACCAAAUGAAUGUGCAAGAUGCAUCGCCAUUUGCUCCCUCGGGGUCUGGAUCUGUGAAGAGCUUGCACAGUGUGCCAGCCAUCCUCAGGUGAAGGACGCCAUCAAUGUGAUCGGUGUAACUUUGAAGUUUCCUAACAAGAUCGUGGCUCAGGUAGCCUGUGAUGUUCUUCAGUUGCUGGUUUCCUACUGGGAAAAGCUUCAGAUGUUUGAAACUGCUCUCCCGCGAAAAAUGGCAGAAAUCCUUGUAGCCACAAUUGCUUUCCUUUUACCAAGUGCAGAGUACUCUUCAGUGGAAACAGAUAAAAAGUUUAUUGUGUCCUUGCUCCUUUGUCUCUUGGACUGGUGCAUGGCGCUGCCUGUGAGUGCCCUCCUCCACCCUGUGUCCACGGCAGUCAUAGAGGAAUUGCACCCAUCCCGGGCUCCCUUGCUGGAUUAUAUCUACAGGGUUCUGCACUGCUGUGUCUGUGGCUCAAGCACAUACACCCAGCAAAGUCACUAUACUCUGACCUUGGCUGACCUGUCGUCCACGGACUAUGACCCCUUCCUACCUCUGGCAAACGUGAGGAACUCCGAGCCUGUCCAGUACCAUUCAUCAGCAGACCUGGGGAACCUGCUGACUGUGGAAGAGGAGAAGAAGAGAAGAAGUGUGGAACUGAUCCCCCUCACUGCACGCAUGGUGAUGGCCCACCUAGUGAACCACCUUGGCCACUAUCCACUGAGUGGGGGCCCUGCCGUGCUGCACAGCCUGGUUAGUGAGAACCAUGACAAUGCCCAUGUGGAAGGAACUGAGCUGUCCUCAGAGGUGUUCAGGAGCCCAAACCUGCAGCUCUUCGUCUUUAAUGAUAGCACCCUCAUCUCCUACCUUCAAACACCAGCAGAAGGACCAGCUGGAGGAACUUCAGGGGGUUCCCUCUCAGACGUGAGAGUCAUUGUGAGGGAUAUCUCAGGGAAGUACUCUUGGGAUGGCAAGGUUUUAUAUGGACCUCUGGAAGGCCGCCUGGCUCCCAGUGGAAGGAAUCCCUCAUUUCAGAUUUCUGGCUGGCACCAUCACACAUGUGGACCACAGAGUGAUUUGUUUCACAGUGAGGAGGGAGAUGAUGUGCUUGACAAAUUACUUGAAAACAUUGGCCAUACAAGCCCUGAAUGCCUUUUACCAUCACAACUAAAUCUAAAUGAGCCUUCCCCAACCCCGAGUGCAAUGAACUGUGACCAAGAAAAGGAAAUCAUCGAGGUCAUCCUGCGUCAGAGCACACAGGAGGAUGAGUAUGUGCAGAGGUGUCACUCUAAUUCUGCAGUGAAGGUCACCAGCCAAGGGCAGCCCUCGCCAGUGCAGCCCCGGGGACCCUUCUAUUUCUGCAGGCUGUUGCUUGAUGACUUGGGAAUGAAUUCCUGGGACAGAAGAAAGAAUUUUCAUUUGUUGAAGAAAAAUUCAAAAUUAUUGAGAGAGCUAAAGAACCUGGACUCGCGUCAGUGCCGCGAGACCCAUAAGAUUGCAGUGUUUUACAUUGCUGAAGGACAAGAAGACAAGUGUUCCAUUCUAGCCAAUGAAAGAGGAAGCCAAGCAUAUGAAGACUUUGUUGCUGGUCUUGGAUGGGAGGUGGAUCUCUCAACCCACUGUGGGUUUAUGGGUGGUCUUCAGCGCAAUGGCAGCACGGGACAGACGGCCCCUUACUAUGCUACCUCGACCGUGGAAGUAAUUUUCCACGUUUCCACUCGAAUGCCAUCAGAUUCAGAUGACUCACUCACCAAAAAGCUCCGUCACCUGGGGAAUGACGAGGUCCACAUCGUCUGGUCUGAACACUCCAGGGACUACCGCAGGGGCAUUAUUCCAACAGCCUUUGGAGACGUUUCCAUCAUUAUUUACCCAAUGAAGAAUCAUAUGUUCUUCAUCACGAUAACCAAGAAGCCUGAGGUUCCAUUCUUUGGGCCUCUGUUCGAUGGAGCGAUCGUGAGUGGGAAGCUGCUGCCAAGCCUUAUCUGUGCCACGUGCAUCAAUGCCAGCAGAGCGGUGAAGUGCCUCAUCCCACUCUAUCAGAGCUUCUAUGAAGAGCGAGCGCUGUAUCUGGAAGCAAUAAUUCAAAACCACCGGGAAGUCAUGACAUUUGAGGAUUUCGCUGCCCAAGUCUUUUCUCCCUCUCCCAGCUACUCUCUCAGUGGAACGGAUUAAAAUACAUAAUGGUCUCAUUGCGAUACUUGAGCAAGGGGUCUUGACCUCCAACCCGAGUGUGGACCCCAAGAAAAGCCUCCAUGUGGAAGAGACAGGCAAGACUCCCCUGAUUUCCUCAGAACCCUCAGAAUCCAGACUUCAGAAAACUGCCACUGUGCCCGCACGUGCAGCAGGCUUUCUCAUGGCUGGGCCCCAGCGUCUUCCGACGGAUCUGUGGAACCUUCAAACAAUGCAGCAUCCCUCUUGUCCUGGAAUCUCACCAAACCCUGGGCAUCAGAAGAAGAAAAGAAAGAAGUCGCCCUCAACCAGGAACAAACCUGCUGUCAUACGGGCAGUGGGGAAGCCAGGAGUCUUCAGGCAGAACAGAGUAGCAAAGGGUUCGGGGCCCACAGGGAAGGGGCAAAGGGCACUACUUGUCUGUAUCACCGAAUCGUUUUCCUUUCCUUUACACACCCAAGCGUGAUUCCCAAAAGGGCUGACAAAGCAACUGUGUAAUUGUUGGAGGAAUUUCCUCCAUACUGAUUUUGCUAAUCCUUAAUGUUAGGUUUUAUACUUUACUCAAAAUUUUACCAUCAUGGAAACUGGCUGUCCCCAGGGUCGUUUCCUACAGGAAGUUUCAUCUCCACCAUUGAACCCUUUCCACCUGGAACUUUCCACUGACUUAAAAUUCUCCUGACAACACAGAAUUCUGUCAGGUGAUGGUCCCACACAGAGCAAGAGGAGUGUCUAAAAAUAUGGGAGUAUCCCCGUGAGAACACUAGGCAGAUGGGUAGCAUCCCUGCUCAGCCCAACGCAGCCCAGCCCAGCCCAGCCCCACUCACAUCAACACAGAUUAGUGGCUGCUCCAGCUCCAGGGCUGACCAGCACCCCCAUUGUGUCCCCUGAAAGCUCACCAGCAGUCCUCCUCCUGUCUGCUGUUCAGAGUCCAAGACAGGCCUUAGAAACAGCACUUGUCACAGGAGUUUUAGGGUAACAGAUUCCAGGCAAUAGAUUUGACCCAUACCUAUAUACACAUACACAUAUAUGGAUCAAAUUUCAUAUAUUGGUUCCAAGGACGGUGUGUUGUGCCUAUUAGGUAUGGGAGGGAAGGAAGGAGUUAAAUGUGUCCCUUAGUGGACAUGGGCAUCUUGGACCUUAGAACCUGGCAACUAAGAGUUCACAGGGAAGACUUCUGCGUGGUCACCCCCCCACCGCCAUGUCCCCCCACACACACACACCCCCAGCCCCGUGCCUCUGUCCUGGCUCUAGUGCUGUCCCAGAGCUCCAGUGUUGCUUCAUCCUCUCCUCUGCCUCAGAGCAAAACAGAAAAUGCAGCAGAAGCCACCCCUUGCAUGGGGAAGAAUGUCCUGGAUGUGGCCACCUCUCUGCUUUCCUCUGCCCUCCGAUCUCACAAAUGUUACUGCUCCUAGCCUGCUUGGUCACUCCUCUGCUUAUCCACCUCAUCAGUGUCCCGUCCCCAGAGAAGCCAGCUUUUUAUAACUACUACAGAGCUGGGUCAGCUGCUACUGAUCUUGGUAGAAAAAGGAGCAGAGCCAGAAGCCAUACUCAGUCUUGUAGUGAGUGGGAAUUCUGAGGAAGGCUUUCUAGGAGCACCAUCCCACUGCAGGGAGAAUCCAGCCUGCUGCUUUGAAGGGAGUUCAACAGCCUCUCAUCCCAGAUCCACAGACAGGAGCCCCUGGAGAGCUGCUUGAAGAUCAUAGAGAGAGCAGGACAUUGCAAAGUAGAAGAAAGGCUCUAUUCCCUGUGUGCUGUUUCCUAAGGGUCCAGAAUACUCACUUAGUGGGAGCUUAAUGGUGAUAGAAGGGAAAUAGCCUGUCAUGACGUUUUCCAUUGUGUCAGUGAAACCUUGAUUCUUACACCACCCACUGUGUGUAUGUGUGUGUGUAU